AUGACUCGACCCGCUAGCCCAGAAAGGGAAAGACCAGGCAUUCACUCUCCUGUUAUGACUUCCCACGAGAGCGGAGCAGCCGAGCUGCAAGCAGAUGAAGAACGUGGUGUGGUGAGGAUCGAUGACAAGACGGACAUCUCUGAGCACCAUGAAGUUGUCAAGGGAGACGCUUCUGCUGUAGAUGGCGAUUUGUCACAAGCGGAGCAGAAGAAACUCAUUCGGCGCAUCGACCUACGACUCUUACCCAUAUUGGGUGUUAUGUAUUCGAUCUCCCUCAUCGAUCGUUCGAACCUCGGCCUCGCUCUUGUUGCUGGAAUGCAGCAGGACCUGGGUCUGAAUAUUGGAAACCGCUAUACCGUCGUUGUCUUGGUCUUCUUUGUCGCCUAUAUUAUUCUAACUCUCCUCCACCGUAAGAAUCUUGUCCUACCCAAAGUGGGCGCAGCCAACUGGCUCUCCUUUCUCGGAAUCAGCUUCGGAGCUAUCCUCAUUGGCAUGGGGUUCACCUACUCGUGGCAAACCAUGGCUGUGUGCAGAGUAUUGCUAGGCGUCUUCGAAGCUGGCUUCCUUCCAGGCUGUACCUAUCUGAUCACUUGCUGGUACACACGAUUCGAGGUCGGCAAGCGGCUGUCCACCUUCUGGCUUGUCUCUGUUAUCGCCAGUGGAUUUGCCGCAUUGCUUGCCUAUGCUCUCAGCCUUCUCAAGGGUCACCAAGGUCUUAAUGGUUGGAGAUGGAUCUUCAUCAUUGAAGGAGCGUUUACUAUGGCCAUCUGCCUUCUCGGACGAUUCAUCAUCAUCGAUUUCCCAACUAAAGCGACCAAGUUCCUGAGCCCAGUUGAGCGUGAAUUCAUCAUUAGUCGACUCGAGCGAGACAGUGGCAAUGCUGAAGAGGACGAGGUUACUCUGUACAAGGUCCUCCACCAUCUCAGGGACUGGCGGCUGUACAUCUGGGCUUUCAACCUCGUCGCAACAACCCUGCCCGGCUACGCGUACCAGUACUUCCUACCCAUCAUCCUACGGGAUGGUAUGGGCUACACUGGAACCCAGGCUCAGCUUCUGAGUGCCCCUCCCUAUGUCUUCGCCGCGAUUGUGUGCUACAUCUCUGGCUGGAUCGGGGACCGUUUCCAGAUUCGCGGGCCUAUCGUUGCUGUGCACCAAGCCUUGACUGCGAUCGGCAUGUUGGUUACAGUCUAUGGCAAAUCGACUGGUGCGAGAAACGUUACUGAUAUGGAUAAUCUAGGUAUUGGCUUUGUCCAGUUUUGUGUACCAGGUGUCCUCGCCUUCCAGGCCAACAACAUUACCUCACACUCGAAGAGGGCCGUGGCAUCGGCCACGUGCCUCAUCGGCGGCGGUAUUGGUGGCGUUAUUGCGAGCGUUGUCUUCAUGGCCCGGGAGAAUCCUCACUAUACUACUGGUGUCUGGACCACCUUUGCUGUUUGUAUGGUCAGCAUCUCCCUGAUUCUAGGCCUGGACCUUCACCUCUGGCGCCAGAAUAAGGCCGCCAAGGCUGGACGGCGUAUGAAUGAGGGCAUGGCUGGCUGGAUGUAUACCUUGUGA